AUGCGGAUCAGUCGUUUCAUCAAUCUCGGCUUCGGUUGUUCUCAGCUGCGCCGAACUCUGUAUCGCCACGAUGGGGGCUGUUCCCAUCACAUAUAUAUUAACACGAAGGCGACGCACAGGAUUAGUGCGAUCGUUUCCACCCAAACUAAUUCACAGACCGAGCUAAACAAAGCCGGUGUGUCACCGUUGUACUUGGCAGUGAUGAGCAGGUCAGUGCCUGCCGUAAGAGCAAUAGUUACUACCUGCAGCGACGCAUCACCCGUUGGGCCGAGCUCCCAGAAUGCUCUGCAUGCUGCCGUCUUCCGAAGCUUAGAGAUGGUUCACUUAUUAUUGCAAUGGAAGCCAGAACUGGCUAGCCAGGUCGACUGCAAUGGCAGCACCCCACUCCAUUUCGCGGCAUCCGACGGCAACCGCAAAAUCGUACAUGCAAUCCUAGCCAUCGUGCCAACUGGCACAGUGUACAUGAAGGACUCGGAUGGCCUCUCCGCUCUUCAUGUCGCGGCUAGGUUGGGACAUGCCAAUGUUGUCAAGCAACUAAUUGGGAUCUGCCCUGAUGCUGUUGAGCUCCGUGACGGCCAUGGAGAGACCUUCCUGCACACCGCGGUCAGGGAGAAGCAGUCCUCGAUCGUGUCCCUCGCUAUCAAGAAACACAAGCAGGUCGGUGGCCUUCUGGACGCGCAGGACGGGGUUGGGAACACGCCGCUCCACAUCGCCGUGGUUGCCGGCUCGCCUGACAUUGUGAAUGCCUUACUCCAUAAGGGGAAAGUGCAAAGCGAUGUCUUGAACGACGAUGGACACUCGCCGCUUGAUCUCGCUUCGACAUCGACCAAUUUGUUCAACAUGGUAAGCUUUGUGGUGAUAUUAGUUGCUUUUGGGGCACAAGGCCGACCACAAAGGAAUGACCAUCUAAAGCCGUGGAGCGGCCGCGACAUAGGUAAAGGGAUAGAGAGGACAACUGACAGCCUUGCGGUGGUGGCCGUGCUCAUCGCCACCGUCGCCUUUGCCGCCGGAUUCAACAUGCCAGGCAGCUACGGAGACGACGGCACGGCGAACCUCAAGGGCAGGUUCUCAUUCAAAUGGUUCAUGGUCCUCGACACCGUCGCCGUAGCGGCAUCGGUGGUCGCCGUGAUCCUACUCGUCUACGGGAAGGCAUCGCGCUCCGCCGGCUCGUGGAAGAGCUUCGUGGCGGCGUUGCACUUUAUCUGGGUCUCGCUCGUCAGCCUGAUCCUGGCCUUCUUUGCGGCUUUUCGCGCCACGAUGAGAACCUCGAGGGCAGUCUCCAUCGUGUUCAUGGUUAUCUACGUGUGCCUCAUCGUUUUGGUUGUCAAUGUCGGAACAUGGGUUGAACCUGUAACGACGAUGCGUAUAUUCUGGAGGUUUGUGUGGCGCAGUCACCGGACUAAUGCCGUCAAGAGGCAGUAUCCAUUGGCCGUCGCUACCGUCUACAACUGUCUUCUCUUUUCGGUUAUAAAUUUUAUAAUAUUUGCCGGUUUGGGAGUGGUACCGUCCUAG